UUCUGAAGCGGUAGGCCGAAGGUGCCGUUGCCAUUCAUUUCCCUUGAGCUCCACAGUCCGCGCCUCCGAACAUCGGAACCGAGACACCCUGCCAGCCAGCAAACCGAGCAGAAGGCUGGAGCCAUGACUGACCUCAAAGACUUGGAGAAGGAGGCCCAAGUCGGUGGUUCAGAGACAACGAUAAAUGAGAACUUGACCGAGUCAGGGGAGGAAUCACCUCAGCUCCGCCCGUUGAAAGAGACGGCGAGUCGUCACAGCCGUCGAAGCCAGGCAGCCCACUCCGACCCAUAUGACUCAGAUCCGUAUGAGGCUCUCGAAAGAGCCUUCAGCCCGGAUCUAGAGAUAGAGGCCGAGCACGCCGGCCAUGAGCCGAUAUCUCGUGCCCGGACGGGGACGAGUUUUGGCAGCACCGCCUCGAGACAUCCCGACUUUGAAGUCGUUUUCGAGCCUGAUGACCCCUUGAACCCCAGAAACUGGUCUCUGGCAUACCGCGGGUGGACACUCUUCUCCGUGUCCAUCUCAUGUUGGGUCGUUGUUCUGUACAGCACCAGCUAUACCGCGUCAAUACCAGGGCUGAUGGAAGAGUUCAACAUAAAGAGCUCAACCACCGUCACCCUUGGCGUCACGACUUACCUUCUCGGCCUCGCUGUCGGUAGUCUGAUCGUUGCCCCCAUGAGUGAGCAGUAUGGACGCCGACCCGUAUAUCUUAUAUGUCUCUUUGCUUUCACGCUGCUUGUCCUCCCCUGUUGCCUGGCGACAUCUUUGACCGAGAUCCUGAUCGUGAGAUUCUUCGGGGCCAUAUUCGGAUCUGUCAUGGUAUCGAACAGCCCCGGAACCGUGGUGGACAUUUCAACUGAAGAGUACCGCGCCCUGGGCAUGUCCCUGUUCAGCAUCGCGCCCAUGAAUGGCCCCGUCAGUGGCCCCGUCAUUGGCGGCUUCGUCUUCCAGUAUCUCGGAUGGAGAUGGGAUAAUUGGCUUGUCCUGAUCCUAGGCGGCGUCGUCACCUUGAUCAUGACUACGGUCAAGGAGACAUAUGCACCCGCAAUCCUGAUGAAAAAGGCUGCCCAGAUGCGGAAGGAGCUUGACGACGACCGAUGGUGGUGCCGUUACGAGCAAAAGAUCUCGACACUUGAGCUUAUCAAGAUCAACCUCAGCCGACCAUUCGUUUUGAGCUUUACCGAGCCGAUCCUGUGGUUCUUCAAUGUCUGGAUAUCUCUCCUUUAUGGCAUUUUGUAUCUAUGCUUCGUCGCAUAUCCGAUUGUGUUCUCCCAGCACCGUGGAUGGGGUCCGGGGAUUUCCGGCCUUGCCUUCGUCGGCAUCGGAAUCGGCACCGUGAUCGCGAUUGCGUGCGAGCCACUCUGGCGGCACAUCAUCAACUCGCACGCGAAAGACCCGGAGACAGGAAGAGCUCGCCCAGAAGCGACGGCAUCUAUCAUGUGCAUAUCUGCUAUCUUGACACCGAUCGGGCAGAUUGUCUUCUCCUGGACGUGUCUUCCGGCCACCAUCCACUGGGCGAUCCCCAUCGCCUUUGGUAUCCCCUUCGGCCUAGGAAAUACCCUUGCGUUCAUCUACGGCUCCAACUACCUCGCCGGCGCCUACGGCAUCUACGCCGCGUCGGCGCUGGCGGGCAACACGGUGGCGCGCUCGAUCUUCGGCGCCACGCUGCCCCUCGCCGGGCCGGCCAUGUACGAGCGGCUCACGCCGCAGUGGGCGGGCACGCUGCUCGGCCUGCUAGAGGUGUGCCUCAUCCCGAUCCCGUUCAUCUUCUACCGGUACGGCGAGAAGAUUCGGUCCAAGAGCAGGGUGAUCCGGCAGAUGAGGGAGGACCAGGCCAAGAACGAGAGCAGGCUGGCCAAGCAGGUGCUGAGGUUGGAGAGGAAGGCACAGAGGGAGAAGGCGGCCGGCGGUGAUACAGGUGAUCGUGACGAGGCCGGUGUUUUGGGGGAAGCAACGGGAAAUGAUGCUGCCGGGAGUGAGAAAUGAUGUGGGGGAGUCAUUCAUUCCGGUGUGCUAAUCACUAACUAGGUGGGUAGGUAGCAACUUGGACUACACACUUGCAGCAACCUUUCGAGGCCCAUGCCUAAACUGAGUGAAUCUCUGCUUGCGGUACCCAUCCCCCUGUUUCUUCUUCUGCCUACUCCAGCGU